AUGGCCAGAUCAAGAAGCCCGAUCGAGGAUCCCUCUGACCCGUAUUACUUGCAUCACGGAGACAACCCUGGGAAUGUUUUGGUGUCUCAAUUGUUGACUAGGCAGGACAAUUACAUUGCGUGGUGCAGAGCUAUGGAGCUGGCUAUAUCUGUCAAAAACAAAUUAGGGUUCUUGAAUGGUUCUAUCUCUAAACCCCCUAUCACUGAUCAUAUCCUUUAUAAUGCUUGGAUUCGCAAUAACAAUAUUGUUAUUUCCUGGAUUAUUAACUCUGUUUCAAAGAAAAUUUCAUCUAGCAUAUUGUAUGAUGAGUCUGCUGCUGCCAUAUGGAACGAUUUGAGGGUACGUUUCCAGCAGAAAAAUAGAGCACAUAUCUACAAUCUAAGGAAGGAUUUGAUGAAUCUCAGACAAGAAAAUCAAACAGUAAGUAUAUAUUUUACUAAGCUGAAGACUGUUUGGGAACAAUUGUCCAAUUUCAGGCCAAAUUGUUCUUGCAAUGGGUGUUCUUGUGGAGGAGUCAAGAAAUUACACGAAUACCAUAACAUGGAAUAUAUCAUGUCCUUUCUCAUGGGUAUAUCCGAUCUUUAUGCUCAAGUAAGAGGUAAUAUCCUAGUCAUGGAUCCUCUCCCUGAAAUAAAUAGGGUCUUUCAUCUUGUUACUCAAGAGGAGAACCAAAGAAAAGGCCAAAACAACCCCUCGGAUCCAAACUCUAAUAUGGCUUUUGCCUUCCAAGGAGAAAAGAAUUCAGGAAAAGGUGAAACACAAGGACCACCCAAAAAUCAACAACCAAAACGUGGCAGGCCCUUUUGCAGUCAUUGUAGCAUGCAUGGACACACCAUCGAGAAAUGUUACAAGAUACAUGGGUAUCCACCUGGAUACAACAAAGGAGGGAAAUCAAAGGAGGCUGCUGCAAACCAGUUCCAAACCUCCAAUGAAACCAGUUCGGGUCCAUGUGAAAACAACACUCUGCUGCCACAACUCACACCAAGUCAAUAUCAGCAGCUGCUGAAUCUUCUUGGUGCUCAAACGACCAAUCUGUCUGCUACAGAUCCGAGUACGUCUAAUGGGAAUUCAAGUAUUAUCUUAACCAACUAUGCAAUGCUAUCCAAGGACAAAUCUUGGAUCAUAGAUUCGGGUGCAACUAGGCACAUUUGUUCCGAUCUACAUCUGUUUCAAAACAUUCAUUCUAUUGUAGCAACUAAACUAAUUUUGCCUAAUAAUGAUAGUCUUUUGGAAACGUACACCAAGAUGAUGAUUGGCAAAGGUGAAUCGGCUAAUGGUCUCUACAUGUUGGACACUACACCCGUUCUCAUCAAUGCUUUUACAUCGGCUGAAACUUGGCACAAGCGUUUAGGCCAUUUAUCUGAUAAUGCUCCUGAACUUGCUUUCAAGGAUUUGUUCUCCAAAAAUAGAAUUUCACAUGAUUUCACUUGCAUUGAGACACCCGAACAAAAUGUCGUGGCUGAAAGAAAACAUCAACACCUUCUUAAUGUUGCAAGGGCUUUAUAUUUUCAAUCUAAAGUUCCUAUCCAAUACUGGACUGAGUGUCUUAUGACAGCCGAAACCUUCAUACCAACACCUGCCCAUGGUGAAAAUAAUGAGGUGUCACAGCAAGAACAUCCCACACCACCACCUGCUGCUCCUCGAAGAACUUCUAGAGUCACACGACCUCCAAGUUAUCUUCAAGAUUUUGAGUGUUACAAUCUUUUACAGGAUAAAUCUUCUUCACCUCAUCCUAUUUCUAAAUUCAUGUCUUAUGCAAAAUUGUCAAAAGCUUACAAAGAAUUUAUUCUUGUUGUCACAGCUGAAUUUGAACCACAAAGUUACAAGCAAGCAGCCCAGUUCAAGCAAUGGUUGAAAGCUAUGGACAAUGAGCUACUCGCCCUCAUCAUCAACAAUACUUGGACUAUUGUUCCCCUUCCCUAA